AAAAAUAUUAUCGGUUUGCGGAUCGAUUUCCCCAUAACGAGACCGACCUCUAGGGACGGCACGAGCGACCCAGGCAAGCUCCGUCAACACCAUUCCCACGGCGAAAACCCUGUCGCAAUGUCGUCCAGAGGUGCGCCCCGAGGCCGCGGUGGCGGCGGCUUUGGCGGGCGUGGAGGCCGCGGCGGGUUCCAGCAGCGAGACAUGGGCCCUCCGGCAACCGUCCUCGAAAUGGGCAAGUUCAUCCACGCCUGCGAGGGCGAGAUGGUGGUCGAGUCCACCAACCCCAAGAUCCCUCACUUCAAUGCGCCCAUCUACCUGGAGAAUAAGACAGCAAUCGGCAAGGUCGAUGAGGUCCUCGGUCCCAUAAACCAAGUCUACUUCACCAUCAAGCCGUCAGAAGGCAUCCAAGCGACCUCGUUCAAGUACGGCGACAAGUUCUACAUCGCGGGCGAGAAGCUCCUACCCCUCGAGAAAUUCCUUCCCAAGCCGAAGCCCCCUCCGGGCACUGUCACCAAGGUCAAGAAGCCCAGCCGUGGCGGCGGCUCCCGCGGUGGACGGGGAGGGGCCGGUGGCGGUUUCUCGCGCGGAGGCCGUGGCGGUGGCCGAGGAGGUUCCGGCGCGUCAAGAGGCGGCGGUGGCCGCGGGGGCGGCCGCGGGGGUGCGCCGCGGGGCGGCAGGGGUGGUUUUUCCAGGGGAGGCAGGGGUGGCGGCCGCGGGAGGUGAAAUGGUGAACUUUUUGCGUGACUCGCCAAGCAUGGGGAAUGGAUGCGGGCUCUGUAUCAUCAUUACUGGAGGCCGGCAUUUGCCUGGGGUAAGGACUGGCCCCGGCGUCUGGGGACGCCACAAGGUCAGAUCAGUGCG